AAUCGGACAGGAAGUCCCAUGGCUAGAUGCAAUGUGUGUGUUGUGCGUGGAUAGAUAACGACAUACGGACACAAAGAGUAGCGAUCAUCUGAGCAGCACCCCAGAAGCUUAGACACCAGUUUCUGACAGCAUUAACACAUUGCAUCACAUUAAGCGGAAGAUCACGAAUCCUCCACGCAGAUCCUCUGAUGACAUUUAAGCAGGUCGGUGGUACUAAGUGAAGGGCCGUGUAAAAGAGGGUUGUAGAGAAGAACCCACUGUGCAGUGUGUGUGGGUGUGUGUGAGUGAGUGAGUGUGUGUGUGGAAGGGGGCUCUCAGUCAUGGGUGUGGUGGCGUGGCUGAAGAGCCUGUUCGUACUGCAGCUCUUGAUUGGCUUUGUGUUUGUCGUGAGCGGCCUCAUUAUCAACUUCAUCCAGCUCUGCACCUGUGUGCUGUGGCCCAUCGACAAACAGCUGUACCGCAAGAUCAACACCAGACUCUCCUACUCGCUAUGGAGCCAGUUGGUAAUGUUGUUGGAGUGGUGGUCUGGCACAGAGUGCACGCUGUACACCGAUCAGGCCACAGUGGAUAAGUUCGGUAAAGAGCAUGUCAUCAUCAUCCUCAACCACAACUAUGAGAUCGACUUCUUGUGUGGCUGGACCAUGUGUGAGAGAUACGGCGUACUGGGGAGUUCUAAGGUUCUGGCUAAACACGAACUGCUGAAAGUGCCUCUGAUUGGCUGGACGUGGUACUUCCUGGAAAUAGUUUUCUGUAAGCGGAAGUGGGAGGAGGACAGGGACACUGUCUUCAGUGGGCUGAACCGUCUCCGAGAUUACCCAGAAUACAUGUGGUUCCUGCUGUACUGUGAAGGAACGAGAUUUACAGAAAAGAAACAUCAGAUAAGCAUGCAAGUGGCUGAGAGUAAGGGCCUUCCAAAACUAAAGUACCACCUGCUGCCCCGCACCAAAGGAUUCACCACUACACUGCAAUGCCUGAAGGGAACAGUAAAAGCUGUGUACGACGUCACACUAAACUUUAAAGACAAGCAGAACCCGACCCUGCUGGGCAUCGUUAGCGGGAAGAAAUACAAAGCAGACAUGAGCAUCAGGCGCUUCCCUGUGGAGGAGAUUCCUGAUGAUGAGAAGGAGUGUGCUAAUUGGUUACACAAGCUCUACCAAGAGAAGGAUGCAUUACAAGAGCACUAUGAGAAGGAGGGCAGUUUCCCCGGCCCCACCAUCAUACCCAAACGUCGAGUUUGGACUCUGCUGAACUUCCUGUUUUGGGCUACUCUCCUGCUUUCUCCGCUUAUUAACUUUGCCUGGGAUGUCUUUGUCAGCGGCUCUCCCCUCCUCAUCAUUGGCUUCAUGAUCUUCCUCAUUGUCGCUUCUGUAGCAGUUCGCCGGCUCAUUGGAGUAACCGAAGUAAACAAGACAGGAUCCAGCUACGGCAACGUAGAGGCCAAGAAGGAGAACUAAACAUUUUCACCGUGUCAACACCGUGUGGCCACUGUAACGCUCACCCUACGGUCCAGCCUCAGGCACAGAGCUGCCCUGUGUGCAGUUAUCCUUCUUUUUACAAAAAAAUAUAAUUAAAAAAAAAAUGAAUGAAAUAUUCAAAAUCUCUUCAUUGCAGCAUUAGGAGGUAUAUAGGGAUAUAACUAUAAAUAUAACUUAAUACGCUAGUCUAAAAACAUUGAACCAACUAAAUGGGAAAUAGAGGAGAAGAAACACUCAUCAGCUGCGAAUCGAUGCUGUAUCCCCCGGCGGAGAAAGAUGAGAUGCCCAAGAGAGAGCAACCACUGAUUCUAAUCACCCUAUCAGUGACUUUUCCCUCCUGUUUAGCCCCGCCCUUUAUGGGCAUAAGACCGCCCAUUUUCCCAAACAAGCCCACUUGCUGUCUUAGUUCUCAAUUAAUAUUUAUCAUCUCCGGAAGUAACACUUCCUUCUCUGCAUCUACACUAUCAGUACCUCCAUAUCAAUAGCCGUUUCUUCACAAUGUUUCUCUUUGGAUCUUCAUCCGAAGCCACACUGAAUCACUCGGACUGAUUUUCUAUGCUAAGAAUUUCACGUCACGGGCCGGCAGAGCAUGCUGCAGUUGAGGAAGACACACAGCCCAGCCAAACAGAGAUGAGCUCAUGUCACGUCACAGUCCCUAACUAACAAAUGAACUGCUGUAGAUCUUUGUUGGAUCUAUUGCAGCUGGAGUGAAACUGUUAUAUGACCAACUUGACGUUAAUAGAAAUGGAUUGAGCAGGGUUUCUAAGAAAAAGCAUGUCUUCUGUAACUUUACUCCCCUUUUUGAGACCUUUUCACAAUGGUGUCUUAUCCCACUCUAUCACCAUUGCAUCACUGGGUAUACUGAAUAAGCAAUACAUGUUUUCUACCAAUGAGCAGAAAGAGCAGGGGUGUCCAGACUCUGUCCUGCAGAGUUUUGCUCCAACUUGCCUCAACUCGGCUGCCUAGAUGUUUUAAGGCCGGAACACACCAAGCCGACGCCGACAAACUAGUGGCGACGAAAACAGACUGCGGGGUUGGCUCAAUUCGGCAGCAUCUGUGUCCAAAGGUGCCCUGACACACCAAACCAACGCUAGACAGCCGACGGCCAAGUUGCACGUCCGUUCUGCGCCUGCGUGAGAUGAAAUGCCUUUCCGAACCAGCAGGUGGCAGUAUCUGAACAGCCAAUCAGAAUGAUCAGAUGGCCCGACGAGCUCCGACGCCAAUUCAACAUUUCAAAUGGGCCGAAAAAAGCCGACGAGGACCAACACACUGAGAAAACUUAGUCGGCCGACGAACAAAAACUGCCAGACGGCCGACCGUCGGCUUGGUGUGUUCCUGCCUUUAGUGUGCCUAGUAAGAGCUUGAUUAGCAGGUGUGUUUAAAUGGGGUUGGAGCUGAACUCUGCAAGACAGUGGCCCUCCAGGAGCACGAUUGGACAUCCCUGAUCUAGAGCAUCUGUUUAGUUAGUCUGCAAUUUUGUCCAAACAAUUAAAGGCCCAUGGACUGAGAUUCAAUUGCCCACCAUCUCUAGCCAUGUGUAAUUAAUGAAAUAUAGGGGUUAAAGAGUGAGAUACUGAGAGUAGCUGAAUGACUAAGAAGAAAACGAUCAGUUGUGUCAAUAAACAAAGAUUGUGAAGCCUGUUUAGUGUGAACUAAUGACACUAAUGGUUUGUAAAUAAACUUUAGAAGUUUCUUCUUGAACCAAACCCAUCUGAUUUAGAUGAAUGCAAUUCAUUUAUUUAAAGGUAUCUCUCUCCUUUUUUUUCACCCAUUGUUUUCAAUGUGCAACUUGGUAAUUCUUCAUGGCGAAAAACAGGAAACGACCCGUGCAAGCCUUAACGGAAAAGAGCAGUGCAGCUUCUUUGUUUGGUGUGUGCUUAGACAGUCCUGUGUGGUUGUGAAUCUCACAUACUGUGCAGGUCCUCAAAUCAUCCUUUGCUGUGAGAUGCACAAUAUUCAUGUAGGGAUUUGAAGAUGUGGAAUUCACAAGAUCUGUGGAAGAUCUGUGUAGCAGAUGUGGUCCAGACCAAAAUUCAUAAAACUAAAAUAUGGAUGUACCAGGUUUAGUUUUUACCUGGUUGGAAGAAUAGUGAGUUGGUGUGUUUUUAUUUUCACCAGUUAUUGCUGAGAGACUGAAUUUAUUAAUUUGACAAAGCAGUGAUUGCCACAGCUGAGUUUAAAAUGUUUUUUAGGAGAUGAUGCUUUUGAUGUAUAUGAUUGGUUUGCAUUAAAAAAAGGUUGACAUUUCAGAGUAAGCUUGCUGAUCUGGGAUCAGUGAUUAUAGUUAAGACCACUAUGGACAGGGUAAGACUCUGAGCCAAGAUCAGUUCCUAUGCUCUAAUGCUGUUAUGAAUAUGUGACCUGAUCUGAGGCCAGAAUUUCCUCUGUAAAUGUUGCUACUAUACUGUAUACUUCAGUGUCGGACUGAUGAGAUUGAGUUUGUAGAGUACAGACUAAAUGGCCAUGGAGCUGCUAAACAUUAUAGAGAGUGUUUUUGACUUGCGUUUGAGUUAAAUCCCUCCUCGAAAGGCGCGAUGUAAACGCAGGCUGAGUAGAACUUAGAAAUUUAGUCUGUAAAAAUCACCACAACUUUUUUUUUUUUUUUUUGUAUUUUCUUCCAGAUCAAUUAAAGCAUUCAGUGUAUGAUUGGAACUUUGAUUGGAAGUUGUUUCAUUUCAUUCUAUGAAUAACCAGGAACAGAACUGCAAAAAAAACAAAAAAACAUAGUUUUGGUUCGCUUAUUGAUUACUGGAAUAUGUCUGCAGAAGUAUAAAUAAAACAACAGUCAGACAUGCUUGACUGAAUGUGUUAUGAAACCUUUUGAUCUGAAGACUUGUGCUUAAAUGCCUAAAAUAAGUUUUGUAGAAAAUUUAGUGUUACUUCACAUUUGUAAUGACUGAUGAAAUGUGUACAGUAGUAAUAAAGAGUGUGUCCAUA